AAGUAGCGAUGAAGUUCUUACUGCUGAGGACUGUGAAAACGUUUACCAUCUGGUGUAUUCUGCGCACCGACCAGUAGCUGUUGCAGCAGGGGAAUUUCUGUACAAAAAAUUGUUCAGCUGUCGGGAGCCUGAAGAUGAUGGGAUCUUAAAACGAAGGGGAAGGCUUAGCCCAAAUGCCAAUCUUGUCAAGACAUUAGUCUUUUUCUUUUUAGAGAGUGAGUUGCAUGAACAUGCUGCGUACCUUGUAGACAGCAUGUGGGACUGUGCCACAGAAUUGCUUAAGGAUUGGGAGUGUAUGAACAGCUUGCUGUUAGAUGACCCUUUAAAUGGAGAGGAGC